CUUCACGACAAUCUUCACUGAGAGACUCACUAUAAGUGAACAUCUCAUCAUUAUUCCCCACCUUUUACACGAUCGUAUCAAUUGAUUCAUCAUCUCACUUCAUUUUCUGCCAAUUUUGUUUUAUGCACAUUGGCUUUGGCUUCACGUUCAAUAUUUAGCUUCACAAUGUCUUCAUCACAGGAUUCUUCAGACUGGACGAGAGUCGUGCGCAAGGGACGCAAGAACAGACGAAACAAUACCGAAUCUCACUCAUCGAGACACGCGAAGCCUCAGACGGAAGGUCUUAGGAGUCCGGAGGAUUUGGAGAAGGAUUAUAGGCAGCAUCGCAAGAGAUGGGAGGAGGAAGCGUACUCUUGUCCUCGUCUUCGUGAACUUGUCACGGCGAAGGCGUCGCAUUUGACAGAGAUUGAUAAGGCGGUUCAUUUGGGUGUUGGGACAUUUGAUCCGAAUGACGGGCUUAAUCUUGAUGGCAAGAGAUCAACGUUUGCGCAACUUGCGGCUUUUGAGAUCAUGGUUGAAGAACUGGAGAAAAUUACGAGUGGAAAAAUUGAGACAUUCUUCCAAGACCCAGCCUUCAACGCCUCCGACAAAAAGUUUCUCGAGAAUAUCGGCCAUACCGUUCUUGAUGAUCCGAAGGGUACGCAGAUGGUUGAUGAGAAGACGCUCUUCUUUGGCGUUCAUCUCUACAGACCUGUGUACAACGAUGCGCUAAAGGGUGAACUUCCUGCGCUGUUUGUUGGGACUGGCUGGGAAGAUUGGGGAGAUAUCUUUGCAGACGAGCAUAUCGAGAACGUGGAGAGAAUGCACAAGGCAUACGAACGCUGUGACUUUCCACAGGAGAGACUGGAUUGUGCGUUUUCGACGACGAGUAUAUAUUGGAAACCUAAGAGUGAGGAGGAGGGUGAAGCCAAGGGGAAGGGGAUUGUGAUUGAGGAGGUUGAGAUUGAGAAUGGGGAGGAGAAGAAGGAGAGCUCUUCUUUACCAUUUCAGUUCUCUUCUUCAUCUACUCCAACUCAAACCUUCUUCCUCACCAAGGCCAUCAUAUUCAAGAUCAAAAUCUCCAACUUGACCACUACCAACAUCGUCGCGCACCUUCACUUCGAAGACCUUGAGCUUUCCAGUAACUCAAUCACUAUGGCGUCUUCAUUCCCAGAAGCAAAGCCAGACAGAGCAGCCCGCGAAGCAGAGUACCAAGCACUGUGGCAGGUCUGUGAUCGAGCAACUCGCAAGCACGAGUACAUCUACGCCGACGACAGACUCAAGCGUUCGCUUCUCGAAGAUGCGUGCGAUUCUAUCAUGCUGAAGAGACAAAAGGUCGGCAAGGCCCCGUGCGGAACUGACAUCUCCGCCAUGGUGAGCCUUCAUCUUCAGCGAGAAGUCACCGGCCGUCUUCUCGCGACUGCCCGUAUGGGCGUUCCAACCCCUUCGCCGAAUCCGAUGCCGUAUGUGAGCAGUGGGCCUGCGUUCAAUGCGCCGCAGGAUGCGUAUCCUGCUAACCCAAGUACCUUCAACGGCAAUCCAGGUCCUUACAAUGGCAAUGCGGCUGCAUACAAUGUCACCCAGGCACCGCUCCACGCAAUCCCGCAGCCCCAAGCUCGCGUCUCCCCCCCAGACUUUGACUUCUCCAUCCCAAACAGUACCGAAGAACUGCGAGAAGACAUGGACAAGGUCAUCAACACCCUCCGCGAGUACGCUAGAAGAAUCGCCGCUCUCGAAAACAAACUCGACAAGUUCACGCAGGAGCGCGACAUGUGGAAGGCUGGGACGAUUGGCAUGACGAACGCCGACAUGAGCAAGGCCGCAUCUGUUCCUCCAGGCAUGUUCCACUGCCCCAUUGAGGGGAUCGAGGGUUUGUCUGCCGUCGCCUAUUCGCACCCUAGACCUCUCACGCCUAGAAGUCAGACGCAGGGAAGGGAUGAGGAAGGGGAGGGGACGUAUCAGCCUGGGAAUUGAGCCUUGGAUGGAGGAUGGAGCCAGGCUUGCGAUGGAAGGAGAUGAGGAGUUUUCAUGAGGGUGGUUGAUGCGAUAGUUGCUGGGAAUAAAUACUUGGGCGAUUGCUUAGUAUGAAUGCUUG